GGAGAGUCGCCCGCCCAAGAGAAGGCACGUCUUCGACGAGAACGGAGGAACGCAAAGCUCCAGACGGGGGGUGCUGCUCGACUCCAAGCGAUCACCUCUGUCCAGGGAGGUUCGCACCGUGACGUGGAGAAGGACGUACCUGUCAGGCCUACUUCCAGCAUUGGGAAUAAUGCUACGCCUACUGCCUCAGGAACCGCUACGCCAGACCCUGAUGUGAUUGAUAUAUCGUCACAUCACUACACGCCUGCAAGCCAGCCACGUCUUCCCUCACCGUUCGCUUUCGACGGGAACUCGCCCCGUCCCGCUCGCUUCGACCCAGCGGGAACAGAUGGCCAGGACCCAUCCCAAGAUCCAAUGUUUGCCAUGCUUCAGCAGAUGAUGGCCGGCGGUCCAGGUGGACCAGGCCAGAAUCAAGGUCAACCUGGUGCAGCCCCAGACUUGCCGCCUGGCCUCGCCAACAUGUUCCAAGCCAUGCAAGGCGGUGCACCCGCAGAGCCCUCCCCCAGUCAAUCAUCUGCUUGGAUAUGGCGAUUGGUUCACUCCGUACUUUCUCUUGUCCUCGCCAUCUACAUGGUCAUCCAGACGCCUUUCAACGGCUCCAAGCUAGCCCGCACAUCGCCAGUAGCGGAUGACGAUUGGACGCUAGACCAGUCGACCGCGGACGCUUUCAAGCACUUCUUCUACCUCUUCGCCACUUUUGAGGUUGUACUGCAAUCCAGCCGAUAUUUUAUUGAGAAAGGACAGUUGCAGGGUAGUGGUGUGCUUUCUAGCAUAAGUCAGUUUCUACCGGAGCCGUACUCCGGCUACGUCAGGAUUGUCGGAAGGUACAGUGUCAUCUACUCUACGGUCGUGAGCGAUGCUAUGGUUGUCCUAUUCGUUCUAGGCGCAACGAGCUGGUACAAGGGUACUGCU